GCAGAGGUUUGUUAUGCGGGCCGUAGCAAAAGUUGAGAUGAGGAUCGUCGGACGACAGCGUAACUAAUGACACGUCUGAGCGACAUCAUGGAACAACCAGACAGAUUGCUGUCUACGAUGCUUUUUCACAAGCACAGGCAGGUAGAAGUUGCUCUGAACCGCAGUGUCUUAGCGUGGAAGGAAAUUGAGAGGAGCAGAAAACGCAGCUCUGGAAUCAGUAGCAACAGUGCUGAACCAGGAUACAGCCAUGUUAUUCCGGUGUGUGAAAUAGUGGCUGUCCUCAAGACCAAAGAUGACGACAAAGACAACACAGAGACCAAGAGGAGUCAGAAAAAAGCAAAGCAGCACUCCCAGCUGUAUCCCUAUGCAUUCACAGUUUCCUACAUCAGAAGAACAAAGCAGCACCAGUGGCGGUGUAGUGAUGUCACCUUCCACUCUGCCAACGAAGGACUCUGCAAGCAGUGGAUCGGAGUUAUCAACGAGCAACUGUCAUUACUCACCAACCGACCGAAGAGCCUCCUGGUGUACAUCAAUCCCUUUGGGGGAAAGCAGCGUGGGAAGUGUAUAUACAAGCAGAAGGUGGCUUCACUGUUUCGCCGCGCCUGCAUCUCAGCCGACGUGAUUGUUACAGAGCGGGCCAAUCAUGCCAGGGACCACUUGAAAACCGAGGCCAAUCUAGAUAAAUAUGACGGGGUGGUGUGUGUGGGUGGAGAUGGGAUGUUCAGUGAGAUCCUGCACGGGUUGGUCACCAGGAUCCAAAAACACAACGGCGUGGACCAGAACCGACCAGAUGCUGAUUUGGUGCCGUGUUCUCUACGCAUAGGGAUCAUUCCUGCUGGGUCCACUGAUUGUAUCUGCUUUGCCACAGUGGGAACCAACGAUCCAGUUACUUCUGCUUUACACAUCAUUGUGGGGGAUUCCCAGCCGAUGGACGUGUGUUCGGUUCACCACAAUGACAUCUUCCUCAGAUACUCUGUCUCGUUGCUGGGCUACGGUUUCUAUGGCGAUGUACUGACAGACAGCGAGAGGAAGCGAUGGCUGGGUCCUGCUAGAUAUGACCUGUCAGGUGUGAAAACCUUUCUGAGUCACAACUACUAUGAAGGCACGAUCUCUUUCCUCCCUGCUGAGAACAACAUGGGGGACCCCAGGGACAAGCUGCAGUGUCGAUCCGGGUGCCGCGUCUGUCAGCACAAGCCCUCAUCAAAAGACAUGCAGUGGGAGAUGUCAGAGGAGAAGGAAAAGUCUGAUAAAGAUGGGAGCAAUGGUUGGAGGGUGAUCCGUGGAAAGUUUAUAUCCAUUAACGCGGCCAGCAUGAGCUGCGCGUGUCCCCGCAGUCCGAAGGGCCUCUCGCCCUCUGCUCACCUCGCUGACGGCACCACAGACCUCAUCCUUGUCAGGAAGUGCUCGCGCCUGGACUUCCUCAGACACCUGGUCCGACACACCAACAAAGACGACCAGUUUGACCACUCGUUUGUGGAGGUCCACCGGGUGAGGAAGUUUCGUUUUCAGCCGCGGCACCAGGAGCUGGUUUCACUGGAGGACCCGAUUGAGAGUCCAAAGAAGACAGGCUUCCGUCCCAUAUGCUCGGCCCAAACAACCUGCAACUACAGCAACUGCCACAGCAGCUGGAAUUGCGAUGGAGAAAUCCUGCCUGACACUGACAUCCAAGUCAGUGUCCAGUGCCAGUUGAUCAGGCUGUUUGCCCGCGGUAUUGAGGAGCAGCAGCAGUGUUUGUUAGAAGAUCCGUGUACACUGUGGGCCCUGGAGCCAAGCACACACUCGUCAGUGGACUGAGAGCUGGACAGGACAUUUAGCUGCUGGAAAACAAAAACUGAGUUGCAUCCAGCACGACUUUGCUGGAAAAAGACAUGCAUCACAUCAGUGUGAAUCCCAAAUGCUGGCGUCCCAUGCCUCCUUAGUGUAUUUGCUCAAAUGAAACUCACAGGAUGUCCUUUUUAAUGCACAAGAAGGUGUGGUAAAAAAUCCUGAAAAGGAUUCCAUCACUAGCCAUUAAGAGGGAAAAGGGUCAAAGAGAAGAUAUAUAGCUAUCUCCUUGCAUCCUUUUGCAUCUGACUGUUUUGUGCUAAAUUGAAUCAUGCAGUUUUUACAAACCCAAAAUAUGAUAUGCUAGCGCUGCCAUAUUCAAACCUCGGUUUCAGUUUUUUUUUCAUAUCUGUACUUAUUUGGAAAUGGAAGAUUUUGAAGCCCAGGGGAUCUCAAGGCGCCAGAUGAAACGACUGAACUGGACUGAGCCGGACUGAGCUGGACUCAGCCGCGACAAUCGGUGCUACCAUGAAGGAGAACACAAAUAGGAUUUCUCUCUCUGUAGCAAGGACAGACAGCCGAGGAGAUACUGCUUGGUGAGAGGGACAAAGAAGAAAGACCUCUAUAAACUGACAUAAAAUGCCAAAAGAAAAGAAAAUCAUGCUAUCUUAUCUUACUUCUUUUGGAGAAAAAAAAACACAUUUCAUCUGUGACCCAGGUGGAAGCAGAUAUGAGCCAGGGGCACUAAUGAAAAGAGCUGAAUACCCUUCUAAUACACUAACAGGACCUCGGUGGAUUCUGGGUAAUAAGGCAAAGUGGUUGCUAAGUGAUUCAGCACUGGUGCGGUGCACCUGUGGCUCUAAGCUCUGCUCCUCCCUGGCCAAAAACUACUGACAGUUGACUCAUCACCUGGGGUUUAUCCAGAAUUACACAUGGUUAACUGUAUUAAAGAUAAUGUAUUGUCUGGCUCUGAAAUUAGCCUAAUUAGCUCAUGUUUUGUAAAGUCAGACCAUAAGAGAAUGCUACUCCUGCAUAAAACUGCUUUAAACCACAUGCAUAAUAAUGAUAUGUUAAAGUAUGUAGUGUGCAUGUAGUGUGUUUCCCACAAUCCCUUUAGGGGCGUGCAAUCUUUUUAGUGUGUGUGCGUUAAUGUAUUUGUGAAGGUGCCAGUGUGAUGAGUUGGCUCCAUCACAAUUAGCCUCAUGACUGCCGUUUUGCAGAUGCUCUCUCGCUGCAGCCAAAAUGCUGCUAACACAAGCACCUAUAGAUGAGCAGAGAUAGGAACACACACACAUUUUUUUUGUCUUUCUAGUAUGCUGUUUCUGAUAUUCAAUGGCUUUCUGUAUCACACACAAACACACUCCUUCACUUUUAACACCAUGAAAGCCCGUUCCUCUCUAAAAAUACUCUAACUAUGUAAAUAAUGACUCUGAAUGUCUAUUUUGUUUCACCUCCAGUGCCCGCUUCUGUCAGUUAACAGUAUGAUGUUCUUUCAAGGAGUCUGAUGCUUUUAAAUCCUCUACACACACACACACACACACACACACACACACACACACACACACACACACACACACACUGAAAUGUACACGCAGACACAGAGAAACUGUGAAAGCUUUCAAGUCCGACCAUACAGAUCUGAAAAAGCUAAAGAAUUCAGCAACAUAUGACUGACAAUGCAAACAAAGUCAAACUAAAAUUUGAAUUACCACUCACUUUUGUGUGCAUGAACAAACUAUAAUGUAUUAAAGCUGCUGGAAGCUAGCAGGCUAGGAAAACUAGCUUGCACCCAUAGCUUUGACUUGGAAAGCUGACGCUAGUUAGCUUAGCUUGCUAACGUCGGCACUAAUUGAUAUUACUUCUUGUUUAUGCUAAAGAAAAUGAAUCAAAUCAAAAGUCUUCUUAUUUAUGUUAUUUUAGUACCUACCGAAUACCUUCAGACAGACUAAUUUGUUAGAAGUUUCAGUUCGACCUAAAGUUUUCAUGCAAUCUUGCUGCUCUCCAUUAUAAAAUAAUCACAUAAAUAAGCUGUGACGUGUGUAGAUGCGUGAUUAUUUUUAUGAAAAUGCUUAAUAAUGUGCUUUCGAAAUGUGGUUCCUUUCAUGUCCUUUGCUCUAUCUUCAUGGUGCUCUUGACGCCAACGUUUUUUCACUCGUUCCUUUUCUCUCUUUUCUCUGGACACAAAGGUCAGCCCUCCUUUGCUUCAGCUUUCUCAAUCUCACUCUUUCGCUCCUUCUGUCUCCCCGUAUGAGUGGAAUUUAAUAGGGUGCUCUGAUGUGAGCGAAAUGUUU